AUGGCUACCGUGAGCGGCGUAACGAAUCUUUGGGAACCCCUCGAAGCAAGCUCAGAACGGAUAAUGAAGGAAGGAUCUGAUUGCUGCGAGAAGAACGCAAAGCCACAAAUUGCUCUUCGACGACGACGGGGCAAGAGACCUACACUGGACGGAAUGUUCGCUUCGACAUCACAAAGAAAUGAUGAUGGUUUGCAGGCGUCUUACAAUAUCUCGUUACUUAUAGCAAAAUCCGGAAAACCGCAUACUAUCGGAAAGAAGUUAAUUUUGCCAGCCGUCGAAGAGGUUUUAAAAACUGUUUUACACAAACCUGCAUCUGAUAUCAUUAAAAGAAUUCCCUUAAGCAAUAAUAAUGUUGAAAGACGUAUUGAUGAAAUGAGUUCUGAUAAUGAAAGCUUCUUAUGUAAUUAUUUGCAAACGACCCAUUUCUCUAUACAACUGGACGAGUUACCUGAUAAUGCAGCAUUAUUAUUGGCAUAUGUUCGUUUUAUUACGAAUCAAGAAAUCUACGAAGAACUGCUCUUCGCAAGAACUUUGAUAACCGACACUAAAGGUGUAUCAAUAUUUCAGGUUUUGAAGGAUUACUUCAUUGAAAAAGCAAUUCCUUUAUCAAAUAUAAUAUCAGUAGCUACAGAUGGAGCACCUGCCAUGGGAGGUGGAGGAUCAGGCAUUCUGGUGGUGGUAAAUAAUGUUGCGGAAAUGAGGCGUCAAACCAUAUUUCACCUUCAACGAAAUAGGAUAUAA